UACGCACGAGUGAAUGGGCGGGGCGACGUAAACGUUCUAACGCGGGAAUAUACAAACGCUCUUCAAUACCGUAGACUUCUGCUGCUCGGCGUUCGAUUUUUAAAUCAGAACGUUGCUAUAGUAACCUUCACCGCACGCUCACCAGCUCGGUGUGUCUGCUCUACAGAGAGCGGGGUAGGCGCUAACUCACUAUGGGCGUAAGUUAGCGCGUAGUGUUGUGUCAGACUUCCUGGUGCUACAGUUCAGCGGUCUAAACUGAUACACGCUCGUUUAAAAGAGAAUAUCGACGGCAUUUGAGAUCGAGCCAUCGGAAAACACAUGGAGCACUGCAGUGGGAGGCAAGAGGAGGGGAAACCUCUUACAAACAACACGUGUUUUGGUCAGUAUGCAUACACCGCAGAGGAGUACCAGGCGGUCCAGAAUGCUCUACGGCAGAAACUCGGACCUGAAUAUAUAAGCUCCAGACAGGCUGGAGGAGGCCAAAAAGUGUGCUACAUUGAAGGCCACAAAGUUAUAAGUCUGGCCAAUGAAAUGUUUGGUUAUAAUGGAUGGUCUCACUCAAUAUCUCAACAAAAUGUCGACUUUGUGGACCUGAUCAAUGGGAAGUUUUAUGUUGGUGUCAGUGCCUUUGUGAAGGUUCAGUUAAAGGAUGGCUCGUACCACGAGGAUGUAGGAUACGGCGUGAGUGAGGGCCUCAAAUCUAAAGCUCUGUCGCUGGAAAAAGCAAGAAAAGAAGCCGUCACAGAUGGCCUGAAGAGAGCACUCAAGUGUUUUGGAAAUGCACUUGGAAACUGUAUUCUGAAUAAGGAGUAUCUCAUAGCCAUCAAUAAAUUACCAAAGCAGCCUCCUCCUCCGUUAGACCUGGACAAAACCAAACGCAGUGAUGGCGAGCCGUCCGUGGAGAAGGCCAGGUUCGACAGCCUGGCCCGAGUCAAUAGCGGGGAAUUUCUCAAACCGGCGGAACCAGCCAACAUCCCCUCGGAGCGGACAGGAAGUCACCCCGUACGAGCAGGGCAUGAGAGCGGAUCCAGGACUUCAUUGACAAACACAGCAGCACACACUGGCAGCGCGUCAGCUCACCAGGACUCUGAAAACAAGCCCAGCAACACCUCAAGGUCAGCAGCUGACACGGCUGACCUGUCCUCGUCCGACGCUCCGCUGGACUCCAAGCAGCAGAGGAAGCUGAGGCAGCAGCAGCUGCAGCAAAAGUUCAGACAGGAAAUGGAGGCUAAGAAGCUGCUUCAGGAGCAGAAAACCCAGCAGUCCAACGCUUCCGCCAGGCCGCUGCCGUCUAAGCAAGGACAGGCUGUAGGUCCUGUUAACCACAGCACACCAAUCGGACACCUGGUGACUACUAAGCAGGAAGAGUAUCUGGCUGAUGACCCGGAAUUAUGGGACUUCACUCUGGAUGGCAUUGAUAUGCUCGACGAUCCCGGAAGCGGCUCCGCGGAACCUCCCCGUCCCACGACACCGAGCCAGCACAAGAUGACGACACGCAGCAAGACCCCGCAGAGAGCCCAGUACCUGAGACCACCCGCUCAGCCUCAGGGCCAGUACAGAUCCUCAGACAUCAGAACUACAGCAGGUGGACCACAGAGCCCAUACAGACACGGCCAGAUGUUGAAGAAACGAAGACUGGACACGUAACGAAUUUAACCAUUUAUAGAUAUCUUUUAGAAAAUUUGUUUUAUACUAAUUUGUGAAUAUGAAAGCUAAUAAAUGUUCGUUUUUGACCUCUUAAUCUGUAAUGUAAAACAAAAACAGGACUUUUUAUAUCUGGAGUUUCACAGAAUAAAUAUCUGGAAUGGAUUUAAACUGUAUUCCUGGGUUAUUUUACCACAUUUCACUGUUUUUACUGGUAGCUGAUGGCAAGGGGAUGUCAAAAGCCAUGGGGAAAAUUCUGGAAAACACCUUGUAAGAAAAAGGACCAGUGUAGUGGGAGGAGGAAAAGUCCAAAAUGUUUUAU